AUGAUGAAGUUGAGGAACUGCCCCUCUUUCAGCUGGGAGUCAGACAACGGCCCUUCGAUUGAAAUUCACACGGUGUACAGUAACUUGAUCAUGGCAUCGACAACUUACUCUGGCGUCAACUAUGGGGCACAAGUGGGGACUAACACUGGAACAUUCACGGCAGAAUUCCAUCUGCCGCCGGAGCGACCGGAGACUCCUCCUAGCCCUUUAUCAACUGUCCCAUUCCCGCGCGAUCUAGACUUUGUCAGUCGCAACACUUUGCUUCAUUGGAUUCACGAGAAAAGCUCCGUGCCAGGGUCGAGAAUAGCGCUGGUCGGGCUCGGCGGUGUCGGGAAAUCGCAGCUUGCCAUCGAAUACUCUUACCGGGUCCGAUCCGAAUCGCCGACGACCUGGGUUUUCUGGGUCCAUGCGAGUAACGCAGCCCGGUUUGAGCAAAGUUUCCGGAACAUCGCGGAUCAGGUUAAAAUUCCGGGUCGUCAGGAGUCUAAAGUCAACAUACUCGAAUUGGUCGAGAACUGGCUACGGGAUGAGAAGAAAGGAAAAUGGGUUUGUAUCCUUGACAAUGUCGAUGACGAUAAAUUCCUUUGCUCGUUUCCCGCAGCAGGCAAGGAAGACCCGACGAAAGGCCCAACGAAUGCCUCGACGAAACCGCUAUUAGAAUACGUCCCUAGAAGCCGAAAUGGAUCUACUAUUAUCACGAGUCGGACGAGAGAGGUUGCGUUGAAAAUGGUCGAUCGCAAGGACAUUAUUGAAGUUAAACCGAUGAAAAGCUCCGAGGCGCUAGAGCUUCUCCAAAGAAAGCUUCAACAAGGAGGGGAGAGCCAGGAGAGUCGACAGUUAGUGGACACGUUGGAGUCUAUGCCGCUAGCGAUCGUACAGGCCGCUAGCUAUAUUCAAAAUCGGGCGCCUCGCUAUUCGGUAUCACAAUAUCUAAGAGACUUCCAGGGAAGUGACCGGGAAGCGACAAGGCUUCUGAAAAAAGAAGCCGGGCACCUUUACCGUGACUGGGAAGCGAAGAAUUCAAUUCUGGUGACGUGGCAAAUAUCAUUCGACUAUAUUCGCCACACAAAGCCAUCUGCAGCGGAACUGCUUUCUCUCAUGAGCUUUUUCGAUCGACAUGGGAUACCAGAGAAGCUUAUCCGGCUCCAUCCUGUGGCCAACUGCACCUCAAAGUCGGAGCUUUUAGAUAACUCCAGUGACAGGGAGACAUCUGAAUCUGAUAUAGGCCCAGUUUUCGAAGACGAUAUCAUAACGCUAAGGGAUUAUUCAUUCAUAUCUAUUAGCGAGAACGGCACUUUCUUCACGAUGCAUCGGCUAGUGCAGCUGGCCACGCACGCCUGGCUGAAAUCCUAUGGAUAA